AUGGAUUGGGAGCGUACAAGGAGAUUUGAUGAUCACCGUGGUGGAGAGAGUUAUCGCCCAGGAAGCUCUCGAGGAUAUACUCGUCGCAGCAGGUCUCCCCCCCGGAUACGCUCGCCCCCUAAUCGCCUUGUUGCCGAUACAUGGGCGCCAUCUACUGGACGGCCAUAUACUCGCCCGAGGACCCGUUCACCGCCUCCAUAUAGGCGUCGUUCACGAAGUCCGCAGCUGUAUAACAAGGAUACUGGUGUUGGUUCGUAUUCGAAGACGUACGUCCCACGGCGAUUCUCACCUCGUCGGGAUGUGAGGCCCAGAUCUCCUGCGUCAUCUUCAAGACGGCCAAGGUCUCCCUUCGGGGAAGAUCGUUCUCGUGAUGCUGGAUGGAACCAGAGUACCUCAACUUGUAGGCCGCCAAGAGACUCUUCGGCCGGAGGCCGCGAUUAUGGGCACUAUAGAAAGGAGCGCCACCCGCCUUCUGCUGGUCGACACACGCGAUCUGGGUCACCACUAAGACGUGGACCAUCAUUCGAAGACGAUCACCGCCCACAGACGACAGCUCGUGCUCGGAGCCCUUUUUAUAAGGGCCGUAGAGACGCUACUGCCAACCGAUAUCUAGGGCCAAGGCGACGGUCCCAAUCCCCAAAUGAUAUCCACACCAAGCGACCAUCUGCCUCUGGGUCUAUGUCCAACUCAAGGCGGUCGUCUCCCAGCGACAAUAAGAACAAUACCCCUUCAAGAGGCAAUAGAAGCCGGUCACCGCCUGCCAGCCAUCCCCUGGGCCGUCGUCGCUCUAGAGACUGGGGAGUCUUGCUAGCCCAGAAUGACUCCACGCCCUCAACAAAAAGUAACUUGACCACUCCGGAAGGCAGGAUCGACUCACCAACUGGGGAGCAAAUGUUUCGGAAGUCACUGCCCAGUAACGACGAUACGAGGCCAUCUCCACUACCUGGAAUACAGGGUAGGUCAAAUCACAUCAAAGCGUCAUAUCCGAGUAAUGCUCCGAGUCAGCCAAAGGCAUUCACAAAUAAACGCAACCACAAGUCACCUCCACCAGGACCGCCACAUGGCCCAAAGACCCUCGCAUCGCAUCCUCGCGCAUCGAACAUUUCCCUUUUGUCUGCCCCGACGAGGCCCCGCGGAAACUCAACUCUGAAAGACAGUGGUUGGACAACAACGCCGAUACGCCGUGGGCCUGCACCUGCUGGGUCACAUGGAACGCCCACUGCCCCUCGAAGCAAUCAAUUAGCAGCUCUUGGUGUCGAACCACAACGCGCCCGUUCCUGCCACCAUAACAGUGUUUCCAGUACCUCGUCCCCUCACACUCCAAGAUACUCCAGGUUUUUUGUAGGUCUCAAUACCAUCAUUCCGGGAGGUAGACUCCAUCCAUUAGAGCUUGACAGUAUGACGGAAAAGCGCCUUUCUCAGCUUGACGCCGAUAGGGAUCGACUUUUCGAACAGAUUUCAGAGAGCCAAAAGCUGAAGCGUGCUGGGUUAAGGGAUUGGAAUAAGCUUGACCGGGAGAGCUCUAUUUGUGCUUUGAAAAGUGAACUUGCUGAAGGACAUUUACAUUGUAUCACUGACACUGAAGGUACACUUGGCAGGGCAUUGUUUUGA